AUCAAAUAUCCAGAAAAUUAAACCCUCUUGCCCCAAAUGGUGUUGAUUAAAAUGGAAAAGCUUGCUAUGCAGGUUUUGAUUUUCAAUUUAUUAACAGCACUUGUUUUGCUAUCUUGCCCUGCAAUGUCUGAAGAAGUUGAGGACGAAAGCGAGUUUAAUUAUGAUCUAAAGAGUGAUAAAGGACCAUUUCAUUGGGGAGAAAUUAAACCCGAAUGGAGUUUGUGUAAAAAUGGAUCAAUGCAGUCACCGAUUGAUUUGUUGAGUAAGAGGGUUCAAAUAGUAUCCUACUUAGGAAAGCUUCAGUUGAACUACCAACCCUCCAAUGCAACUCUUGAGAACAGAGGUCAUGAUAUCAAGUUGGAAUGGCUUGAAGGUAAAAGCUAUCUACAAAUUAAGGGAAUUCAAUAUGUACUAAAACAGUUCCAUUGGCAUUCUCCCUCUGAACACACCAUAGAUGGCAGAAGGUUUGAUCUAGAGUUACACAUGGUGCACGAAACUCCAUCAGGACAAACUGCAGUGAUUGGAGUACUUUACAAAAUUGGAAGACCAGAUCCUUUCUUGUCAUUGUUAAAGAAUCACUUAGAGGCCAUUUCAAAUAGUACGGGAGCAAAAAGAGCGGUUGGUGUUGUUGAUCCUAGGCUGAUUAAAAUAGACACAACACAAUAUUACAGAUACAUUGGUUCUCUUACUACUCCUCCUUGUGAUGAGAAUAUUACUUGGACCAUUGUUAGAGAGGUAAGAUGCGUUUCAAAGGAGCAAAUCGAAUUGCUUCAAGUUGCCGUUCAUGAUGAAUCGGGUACUAAUGCAAGACCAUUGCAACCAAUAAACAACCGCUUAGUGCAGCUCAAUAAACCGAAAGAAGAUCAACAUUAAAAAUCCAAGGCAUUCGGGGUAGCAAAUAUGACUUGAAGAUGAUUUGGAAUAAUGCAUUUUCGCAUGCAAUAAGUCUAGGGGAUUGUUAUACAUUACUACUUUAUAUUUAUAUUUCUAUUAUAUGGUUUAGGGUAUAUAUUUUCAAUUUUUCAUUCCCUGCCCCUCCCGUGGGGAUCAGACACGUAAUCUUUUUUUAUUUCUUUAUGUCAA